GCACGGACGGUGGCUGAGGGGUAGGGCGGAUACCUGACCACAUGGCCCCGUAGUAAAAAAGGGAAAACGACCUGGCGUGCUCGUUUGCUUGCUGAUCAGUUCAGCACAGGGUCUUUCCAGAGAUCGGUUGGUGUAUUUUUUUCUUUCUUUGAUCCAUCAUCGUCGCUGUUUCGUCGCUGCCUGCUGAGUGACUAUUUGGAGGUAACCAGAAAACCGCCAGGAUGCCUUCUGUGUUCCACACGAAGACCAUCCAGGAGAUCCUGGAGCCCGUGGCUGAAAAGAUCUCCACGAUGGUCAUCCUGGAUGAAGAGGCCAGUCAGGGCGGUACCAUGCCUGACCUGACACCACAGGUUGAUGUGGUGGCAGCGGCCGUUACAACCCUGGUCACGGUUGGUGAGCAAACAGCUGACGACAGUGAGGACCCGAUCUUGAAGAAGGAGCUGCCGAGACCCUUGAAGAGUGUGCAGAAGUCGGCUGACCAGUUGGUGGAGGCCGCGCAAACAUUGAAAGAGAAUCCGGUCAGCCUGCCAGGGCGACGGCUUCUGAUCGUUGGUGCUAGAGGUAUCCUGCAAGGUAUCUCCGACCUGCUGAUCACAAAUGAUGAGUCCGAAGUCAGGACAAUGGUGGCGGCGUGCCGUGGCUCCCAAACAGUGCUGCGCGAUGCGCACAUCGUCCGUGGCAUUCCCAAUCUCAUCGAGUUCAUCAAAGGUCUGACACCGUCGCUGACCGAGACCAGCAAGCAUGUCGAUCGCCGUCAGAAGGAGCUGACUAACGCCACACACGCAGCUGAACUAGUCGACCACUGUGACCAUCUUCGAAAGUUUGUACCAAUGCUAAUCUCAUCUAUCAAGCUCGUCUCUCAUCUGGAAGCACGUGGUGGCGCUCGGUCGCGCGAGGCCAACGAUAACCGCGACUUUGUCGUCAAAUCCAUGAACGAGCACAUUGAGGAGAUCAUCCGCAUCCUGCAAUUGAAAACCGACCGCGAUGAGCUAGCGCAGGGCGACUUUAAGAGCUUGAUUGGAAAGAUCCUCGGCAAAGGAGAGACUACAGAAGACUUCCUGUCCGAUGACUUCAAACUUGCACAGGACUUCCUUUCAAGACUCGACCCACGUGAUGCCGAUGAAGGAUUCCGCGCCCUGGAUGAGUGCAUUCGGCAAGCCAGGCAGCUUGCCAGCCAGAUGGAGGACGGCGAGGAGAAGGAUGAGAUCCUGCGACGGGCAGAGGAGCUGGAACGUCUCAUCAACCAGCUUAAACGACUCCGCGAUCAGGGCAAGCUGGACACGCCUGAAGCGCGAGCACUGGCCGACGAGAUUGCCCGAAAGAUCGCCGAGCUGGAGCAGAAGAUGAAGGAGGCCAUUGCCAAGCAGGUUGCAAAGGACUUCCUCGACCCGACCGGACCAGCCAAGAGAAUGACAAACGCCGCACUUGCAGAUCCGUCAGAUCCCGACCGAGAAGAGAAGUUUGAGGCGAAGGCCAAGGAGUUCAAUGACCAUGCGCGCAGUGCGGCGCGGACGGCGCUCAACGUAGCGCGUCACGGUGGCGUGCAGGACGAGGAGACUGUCAUGGAUAUCAUGGACACCAUCAAAGGCGUCGAGGCACUAGCACCGCAGCUGACCGGCGCGUCUCGCAUCGUCCUUGACAAUCCUGGCGAUGAGACGGCUGUUGAUCACAUGAACAUGAUGAAGAACGAGUACUGCAAGAAGAUGGAGAAGCUGAAGGACCUGGUGGAUCAAGUGACCGACAGCGUGGAGUUCUUGAAGGUAUCAGAGAAAGACAUUUUCCAGGACCUACAGAAGGCCAAGGUUGCGUUGCGCGAUGACGAAGGAGAAAAAGCCAAUGAACGCGCGAUACUUGCUGCAAAGCGCUGCCGCAGAGUUCUAGACGUCGCCAAGGGAGAAGCCGAGAACUCGACCGACCCGGAAUACGUCAAGGCAGUCACAGAAGCAUCAGAAGAGCUUGCCAGAUCAAUCAAGCCGAUGGUGAACAGCUGCAAGGACUCUGCCCAGGACACUAGCAACACUGCCAAUCGCCAGAAGUUUGACAGCCAGGCUGAUCGUGUGAAUGCUGCCGUCACUAAAAUCCGACAAGUCGUCGAGAACCACCAUCGCCCGCCACCUCCGCCAACACCACCGCCGGCACCCAAGGCACCUCAGGCACCUACACCUCCACCGGAGGAGCCAGUCGAGGAAAUUCAAAUCGGAAAGAACAUGAAAGGACCGGCACUACCUAUCAUGUUGGCCGCCCGGGAGCUGCAGGAAGAGGCGCUGAAGUGGGGUGCUGGUGACAAUGCCCUCAUUCAGAUUGCACGUCGCAUGGCAGCGCGUAUGGCUGAAAUCGGCAGCCUAUUUGAUUCACAGGGUGAUGUUGAGUCUCGCAAGCGCCUUAUCAAUCUGGCCAAGGAGCUGGCACUGGAUACGAAGGAGCUGAUCAAGCUUGCGAAGGCUGUGGCCGCAGCUUGCACCGACCGACGCCUCAAGGCGACGCUGCUGCAACUCGUUGAUCGUUUGCCAAUGAUCAGCACCCAGCUGAAGAUCAUCGCCACGGUCAAGGCGACGCAAACCGGACAAACAGACGAACAGUCAGAUCACGAGGCCAGCGAAACGCUGGUAUUGAACGCGCAGAAUCUGAUGAAGGAGGUGAAGGAGGUCAUCAUGGCCGCACAGAGCAGCUCCAUGAAGCUCAAGAAGGGCACCACCGCCGACGAGCUCAUGUGGACAAGAGCAGACUAAACUCGGAGAGGCGAGCAAUAUGUGCGAACUGGACACGAUGAGAAGAUGGAGGCAUGAUUUAGCUGCAAACAUUGCCAGGGCCAGCUCCGACAAGAAUGAAUACAAAGUGCACACACUGACAUCUCUACCUUUGAAGCAUACCAUUGGAUAAUAAGACCAGUUUGGUACACAGUCAUGUAAAUAGUAAUCAAUCGCUUUCGUAUAGAAAUUAGCACUGAACUCUGCUAUUCCAUUGCAAUGUGAUCCAUGACUAUACUCUAGGGCUAGCUGCUAGCGAUGCAUCACUGUGCUUGUGUAUAUUUCUAACGAUUGGAAUUAAUAAAAUCCUUCUUCCCUAUA